GCACGUUGGUUAUGGAUUUGUGGGAGUGGAGCAACAGCAGAGCUCAUGCUGUAGCUUGCCCAACACGUAAGUCAAAUUAUGACUUGGGUGCAAUGAGAGGAGGAUAGAGCUGCGUUGUAUUGUUGCCCUAGUUGGUGAUGCCCCGCCUCUGGCUUAAACCUGGCACCCUGCUAAAACAAACGAAAGCCAGCAGCACCAAGCUCAGCCCAGCUCAACUCAGCUCCCACUCAAUGCAAUUAAGGCGGACUUCAGGCGACUCUCCUACCUACGUGUUCAUCUAGCAAAGAUCGACGUUGAGACAACAGGAACCAGAGAGAGAGAGGGGCUUUGGUCCAAAAAAAAAAACAGAAGGAGAGAUUGCCUAGCCUUCUAAUUUCUCCCCUCUCCAACAGCCCAAGAACAAUGUCGAUGAGCCCUAGGCAUACGACUCCUUUUUCUGUUUCCGAUAUAUUGAGUCCUCUUGAGGAGAGCUACAAGAAAGUAAGUAUGGAGAAUAACAACUUGGGGUUACCUCUCGCGUCGUACCGGCAGCCGCAGGUGUCUCAGGCGGCCAUGCAGCAGCACCACAUGGGCCAUAACGGGACGGUGUCCGCCGCCUACCACAUGACGGCGACGGGGGUGUCCCAGCUGUCACACACCGCGAUGGGGGGCUACUGUAACGGCAACCUGGGGAACAUGAGCGACCUGACGCCCUACCAGGACGGUAUGAGAGGCAGCGCCACGGCCACCGGCUGGUACGGAGCCAACACAGACCCGCGAUUCUCCACGAUCUCGCGCUUCAUGGGCUCUUCUUCGGGCAUGAACAUGGGCAGUAUGGGCAGCCUUGGCUCGCUAGUGGACGUGGGCAAAGGCAUGGGCCCGCUCUCGAGCACCCCGAGAAGGAAGAGGCGCGUGCUGUUCUCUCAGGCUCAGGUCUACGAGCUCGAGCGGCGAUUCAAACAACAGAAGUACCUCUCCGCGCCUGAGAGAGAACAUCUGGCGAGCAUGAUCCACCUCACCCCGACCCAGGUCAAAAUCUGGUUUCAGAAUCACCGGUAUAAAAUGAAGAGGCAAGCGAAGGACAAAGUGUCGCAGCAGCAGAUGCAACAGGAGAGUAGUUCCUGUCAUCAGCAUUCCCCUCGGCGGGUUGCCGUGCCUGUAUUAGUGAAAGAUGGCAAGCCAUGCCAAGGCAGUGCCCACACUCCCACCACUACUGUCCAGGCCCCCCACCAACAAGGUGCCAAUGUUAUGAUCAUGUCCAGUAACGGUUCAGGCCUAGGUCAGCACCAGAGCCAACAGGUGGGUAGUGCAGGUCACUCUCCAGACCUAGCACAUCACUCCGCCAGCCCGCCGUCUCUCCAGACCCAGGUAGCGGGCCUCUCUCACCUGAACUCCUCCAGCGCCGAGUACGGGACGGCCCUGCAGUGCUCUGCUCUGUUAUAUGGCAGGACAUGGUGAUCUGUUAUGCCGCAGGACAUGGUGAUCUGAUAUAUGGCAGGACAUGGUGACAGCCAGACAAACUAUGAUCACAAACACACAUACAACACUUUUGCAGCAAAGUCACUCAACAGACAAACAAACAAACAAACUGUACUUUGUGUACAUUUUGAACAACACCAUUUGGUGCAUUUUAGUUCAUGCUCUUCUUCUAAAAUGUAAUUGGAUAUGCGGACAGCAAGAGGGAAGAAAGAAACUCGACAGACGAAGUUAUGAGGAUGUGCGAGUUCAAUCUUCGCUUUGAAGGUGGAUUUGUUAUUUAUGUAAAUUAUACUGAAGCUAUACAAGGCUAGUCCUACAUCAAUAGGUCAUAGACCUACUCCUGUGUGUAGGUCAUUGGGAUAAAGAUCUCAAUAGAAAAACUGUGGGAGCGUUUCCAUUUUUUUCACAGAAGGCUCUGGUUUCUAAUAGAAUUUAAAGUAAAACGUAGCUUGUAUAUUUCUGUAAAAGGUUUGAAUUGAAUAUAUAGUUUUUAGCAAUCUGUUGUAGGCUACAAAGUUUUUAUCGCUAUUGACGGUUUGUGGUUGGUUCUUUGAGUUCCAUCGGUAUUUGUACGUUUUAUUUACUUGUAACUUAUAUAGAUAGAUAUUACUUAAAUACAGCCAAACAAUCCUAUUAAUAAAUUAUGGAAAUAAAAUUCAUUCAGAUCCAUUUAUUGAAAUUGAUUUGUAUACUGUUUCAGAGAAUACAUAGGCCUACGAGAAACCUUGUGAAAUUAUUUUCAGAAAACGAAUAGGCCUAUAGGCC